GGACAUCCCUAUAAUCACGGGUGUUUCGACGCGACAUUGAACAUAUUCAUGCUGUAUGAUCAGAUCGAAUUAACCUUACAUAUGAAGAUUCAGAUUUGGACAGUGUUAAAGUUGACAUUUACGUCCGUCACCUGCAUCUGACAUUCUCACAUGUACCUACUACCCGUUACCUGAUACCCUGAACUUACCCAUUGUUCGUUGUUCCUUCAGCAUACGCAUACAACGCCUUGGCCAAUGAUAGUUCCUCACUUCCCUAAUUCCCCCGCCAUUUUACUGCCUCUUAGUGCCAACGAAUGCACCUAAACGUUUAUGCGGGUUGAGCGUGUAUACUAACUUCCGCCGUUAAAAGUGCUGUCGUUUAUGUCCCAAUUCUCUGGAUCUCACCACACUUCUUUCAACGGUGAUCCGAAAAUUUUAAGCGACUUAUCCACGCCCUCGCCGUCGCCGCCGGACGGUCAAAUUCCAUUCGUUACUACUAAGUCCGAUUUAAAUAAUUCGAGCAGAGGCCACCACAUCAUUAACGUCGGUGGGUUCCGCAAUCGAACGCGAUCUCGCGCAUUCUCAACCCCGAUACUACCAACAUCGCCGCCAGUCCGGUUCGAUCAUGACAGUUCGCCUCCACUAGCAGUUGCACCGAUAUCUCUCGAGACGCAUCGUAGAACAACUAGUCGUAGCACAUCUAGGCCGCUGUCUAUGGUGCAGGCCUACCAACCGCCCCUCAUGGACGUAAACGAAGAGACCAUUCCCGAACUUCAACCCAUAUUCACUUUUCUCAACAGCCAUGUCAACAAAUUGUACCAGGAAGGUUAUUUUUUGAAAUUAGAUGACCAGAACACACAGGGAAAACCUAACGCGGACCGGACAUGGACGGAAUGUUUCGCGCAACUAGUAGGGACCGUUUUGUCCCUAUGGGACGCGGCGGAAUUAGACGCUGCUGGUGAGGAUGGUGAAGUCUUGCCAAAAUUCGUCAAUCUGACAGAUGCUUCUAUAAAGAUGAUCGAGUCUCUACCUACUAGGUCGAGUGAAGAGACGCCUUUACAGAACAUUCUCAGCAUAUCGACGGCAGGACGUAAUCGAUAUUUAUUGCAUUUCAAUUCCAGGCAAUCACUUAUUCAAUGGACGUCCGGUAUCCGACUUGCCAUGUUCGAGCAUUCGACCCUCCAAGAAGCAUACACCGGAGCAUUGAUUGCUGGAAAGGGGAAGACAUUGAAUAAUAUCGGGGUCAUAAUGGAAAGAGCACGUACGCCGAUGGACCAAUGGGUGAGAGUCCGAUUUGGAGCCGGUGUACCAUGGAGACGAUGUUGGUGUGUCAUUACACCACCUGACGAGAAGGAGUACCAGAAGAUGUUAAAGGAGCACAAGAAAAAGUCGCCCUAUGAUCGCUCGCACGCUCCAUUGCUGAAGGGGGAUAUCAAAUUCUACGAUACCAGAAAAGAAGGGAAGAAGGCGAAGAAGAUGCUGCCGAUAGCAACGAUUAGCGAUGCUUAUUCCGCAUACGCCCUGUAUCCCCAAGCUAAAUCGUUGAUUGACGCGUCGACAUUGAUCAAGAUUGAAGGCAAUAUCACGAUCCACUCGGAUCCGCCGUCUGAAAGCGAAGGCUUCGUGUUUAUCAUGCCCGAGGUACACCCAGCUGUCAGCGGAUUCGAGAUGAUGUUGAGAUUCUUGUUCCCCACCUGGGACACUUUUGGUCUCUACGGCCGACCGGGAAGACUCGUUGCGAGCGUCCUGGAUUCGAGAUCUCUCAUGUUUGCCAUGCCCAAACAUAAACGCUACGGCUAUUUGGAGCUUUCCGACGUAGCUGGACUAAUCGCGACUGAAGGUAGCCAGAGCUGGAACGAGAGAGAGUGGAGGAAGAAGCUGAAGGAACUGACCGGUACCCGUAUGAAUGGUACAGACGAUGCGGAGAGUGCCAGUUCGGGUAGUAAAACCAAUGGUCAUGGAAAACGCCUUAGUUUUGGCCCAGCCGCCGGCUCGAAGCCUCGUGUAGGCUUUGCAGAUGAUGCGCCUCCCUCCGUGCGUACUUCGCGAUCUAUGUCGCUCAACAGUCGACCGAAUAUAAGAAUGGACUCAGCUCCUCCUGUAGAUCGAGAAAGAGAUGGCUCUGCGAUGGCCAUGAAGUCGGGCCAUGCUCGUAACGCGUCAGAUUCCAGUAUACCUGGGCCUCCACAACCGCCGCCUCACCAGAAUAGUCCUUACGCGUCCAGCCCAGCCUCGUCCAUUCGAGGACCCAAUCCGGCACGUGGGUUCAUGAACGAUUUGGCAUCGACUCCAGAACGUAUGAGUUCGGAUGAAGAACGAGGAGAUGGGCCGAUCCGUGAUUUCGAAGGAAUGCGAAGGAUGCAAACUCCAGAGCCGGUUGUUCAGCCUCCUAGUUUCUCUCACGCGCCAGGUCACAUUCCCGCGACUCGACCUUACCACUCUCCGGAGAUGCGCCGAGCUAACAGCCGCUUGUCCCUGACCACCCUUAAUCAAAUUGCAAAAGCUGGCGGCGUCCCUCCAAGCGGGCCCGCAUUCGACGGUGGAAGAAGUAACGAGGAGCGACGUGGGCCUCCACCGCAGCAAUUUGACCAACGUGGUCCACCGCCACCUGCUCAUGCCAUGAAUGCCGGACCUGGCGAAGGAUUAAGGGAUAAUUCGCCGCUCUCUCCACUCUCCCCUCCCGGCCUGAAUUCGCCCCAAGCGGGCCCCGGAGGUAUGCGAUCAAGGUCACCGUUGAUGAGUCCCCCGCCUAUGGGUCAACGAGGCCCAAGCCCUGGUCCACCUGGUCCAGGUCAACGACCAAAAACGCCAAAUUCUCGACCUGGAACCGCUAAUGGUAACCGACCUCCGCCACCGCCUGGUUAUGGUCCACCUCCAGGCAACCUGCCUCCCGGGCCUCCGGGCCAGAGAGGACCUCCUUACGGCAUGCCGCCUCCCGGCAGAGGCCGUGGACGGCCCCCGCCAAAUAUGCCACCUGGAAUGCCUCCCCCAGGACGAGGCCGAGGCUACCCUCCUAACGAGAACAUGUAUCGAGGCUACCCGCCUCAAGGACCACCAGGACCUGGUGGACCCGGCGGACCUGGUCAAGAUGGACCAAUGUCUCCAACUAAUCGUAAACCUUUACCUCCUAUCAACACAUCACCAUCUCUUAGUAGAAAACCGCUCCCAGCCCGGACUGACAGCUUACAACACCGACAGCGUGACGAUAUGUCGCCGCAGACCCCUUCUACGAGCAGUGGAAGUCUGACAGGCAAUAGACUCGACGCCGCCGGAUUGGGUCAGAUCCGCCCCCUCCAACCAGGAUCCCGAAUGCCUCCUCCAGACUCAUCCGUGCACCGUCAGCCUACGGGCAAGAGUCAAGCUAGCAGUCGCUAUGAUGAGGCCAGCCGCUACGAUGACUCCGCAUCAACCGAUAGUCCCGAUUAUGCCAGUUCGCGCCCGUCGACAGAAACUGCGUCUUCGAGUGAACGCGAGCGACCGAGAGCUGGCGUUCUUCGAACGAUUGGAGCCGACGACGACUCCCCCAUGCAAGGACCCAGUUUUGACAUUCCGGAUAUUAACUUCGGCCCAACUAUGAAUUAUGCUGCGGCGCCGCCACGAACGAAGACUCCUACACCCAACAACCCUCAACAAGGACCAUCAUUCUCGCCAGCGCCCCGAGCUUAUUCACCGGCAUCUCAGCCUCCGCGUAGGUCGCCUGGAGCUGAGGCUGGACACAACCGUCAGGAAUCAGAAGACACGGUACGACGAAGUGUCGUCUGGCAACCGGCCAUUAUGAAUGCUGGGCCCAGCAACCCCGCAACUCAGGGUCUCUCGGCCGAAGAGUUCGUGCAACAACGGGCCGCGACCGCUCAAGCAACACCGCUUUACGCACACCAGAGACAGUCUUCCGGGAAUACCCUUGGAGGAUUCAGAGCGGGCACGCCAACCCCUCCACUUGGCCGAGGCCAAGGCCAAGAUUACAUGGGAACUGCACACUCCCGCAACAGUUCUCAAGAUCUUCUACAGAAUCGACCGAGCUCCCGAGGAGCCGGUGAAUUACUACAGCGCCCCAACUCACGAGGUGCUGGCGAGUUACUACAGCGCCCUGGGUCUCGGGGUGCUGGUGCGGUCCUCGGUGGCCAAGGAGGCGGUGACUCGCACCUCUCAGCCCGCGAACAAGAGCAUGUAGCACGAGUUACAGGAACUCCCCUAAUUAACAUGGCAGGCAAUAAGAAUGCCCCUACACAAACGGGUGCCGGACUAGUCGGUGCGAUUGAAGCUAGGGAACGCGAGAAACAGCAGAUGAAAGCAGGCUGGAGUAGCCAGGCUGCCCAGCACGCUAUUAACCAGCGACAGCAGCAGCAUGCUUUCCAGCAGUAUUCGCCCCCAGUCCAAUCACCUGGUAUGCCACCGCCUGCUGGCAUGUACUCAAACAUGGGACGUAGUGCUACGCCUCACGGAUCUAACUACGGCGGCUUCGGGACCCCUGGCCCGAUGACUUAUGAGCAAGAAGGUACUUGGUCGUCCCCCGGACCAGGAUUCGGAUCUCCGCCCCCUAACAACUACGAUCCUCGAUACAACCCGCAACGCAUGCAAUCUCCUCACGGCCAGUUCUCAUCCCCGCCUCCUUUCUCCGCGCAAAGUCCACCACCCGGAGGACGAGGACAAAACCAGUAUCCCUAUCACGGGCAGGCAUUUUAAUUAUUGGACAGUGCAUAUUCCAAAAUUGAGAAGCACAGGAUAGGAUAAGAUAGGACGGGGAUA